AUGGCCACUCUGCGCGAAUGUUUGGGGCCUCUCGUCUCAUACUUUCCCCACACCGCCUUCACAACGGUGCAGGAGCGCGUCAUGCCAACAUUGCUGCAGUGCGACGCCAACGUUGUUGUGGCGGCGCCAACUGGAAGCGGCAAGACGGCCCUACUGGAGGCGGCGAUGCUGCGCCUCUUCAGAGACCGUCUUCUCCCGCUGUCGACAGACACAGGAAGCACAGGCUGCCGCAGCGCCAACGCAGUGGAAGGGAGAAAAACGGUGUACAUUUGCCCCAUCAAGGCACUUGCCAGCGAAAAGUACGCACUGUGGCGGGAGAAGUUUCCUGCCCUCUCAGUGGCGCUCGAGACAGGUGACCAGGAACUGGCGCGAUCGCACGCUAGUGGAGUCCCUGAUGUCCCAAACGCGGACAUUAUCAUCACAACACCCGAGCGGUGGGACAGCAUCACACGACGGUGGAAAGAAGGUGUCGUUUGGAGUUUGGUGGCGUCGGUGGCGCUUCUGCUGCUGGACGAGGUUCACACUGUGAGUGAGGAACGUGGCGCUGCACUGGAGGCCGUAGUGAGCCGCAUGAAAGCAAUAAAGGCUUCAAUGAGCAGCCGUGGCCCGCGCUCCUAUACGACCCGCUUUGUCGCGAUCAGCGGGACACUCCCGAACAUUGAAGACUUCGCCGAGUGGCU